GUUUGAUGUGCAUUAUCAGAGUAGAUUAUGGAUUGGCCGUGAUCGUUUCCAUGGAAGUUACUAGAGAACUGUAGAAACACAGUUACCGAAUCAGUUUCCAUGGAAGUUACUAGAGAAAUGUAGAAAUGUUUUAUCAGAACCAGAGGACGAGGAGCCACAAAGCCGAAUUCCCACUGAAGCUUCUGGAAAACCUCUUUCCAUCUUUAUAUAAAGUCCUUGACGGUGUCGACCUUAGUCAUUAUCGAAUCAUCGACCAACGUUUGUAGAAGUUCUGAUUUGAUAUUCGUAAGCUAGAAAAUGUCUCUGAUUCCAAGCAUUUUCGGUGGUAGCCGAAGCAACAUUUUCGAUCCAUUCUCGCUUGACAUCUGGGAUCCAUUCGAGGGCUUCCCCUUCAACAACAACAAUUCUCUUACUUCAUCUCCCAAUUCGGCUCGUGAAACCUCUGCAUUCGCCGGUACUCAAAUCGAUUGGAAGGAGACUCCUCAAGCCCAUGUAUUCAAGGCUGAUCUCCCUGGGUUGAAGAAGGAAGAAGUGAAGCUAGAGGUGGAAAAUGGAAGAGUCCUCCAGAUUAGCGGAGAGAAGAGCAGGGAGCAGGAAGAGAAGAAUGACAAGUGGCACCGUGUGGAGAGGAGCAGCGGCAAGUUCCUGAGACGAUUCAGGUUGCCUGAGAACGCCAAGAUGGAACAGAUUAAGGCUAACAUGGAGAACGGAGUGCUUACGGUCACUAUCCCCAAGGAAGAGGAGAAGAAGCCUGAAGUCAAGACCAUCGAUAUCUCCGGCUAAAUACUUCCUCCUCCAUUGCCAACCUAUAAAACCCUAAUGUGUGCUGGAUGAUGCUUGUGUGGUCUACUAAUGGCGUUUUUCAUGUAAAUUUUGCUUGUGUUUGUGAACUGUCUGUGCUAGGGUUUGGUAGUCUCUGCAAUGCUUUAUGAGAAUAAAAAUAAUCGUUUAAUCCA